AACGGGCCCCGGGUUGGUGUUUGUAAACUUGCCUCGGUCCCGGCGGGGACAGCGGUGGCCACGGGGUUGGCACGGCGUGCUGGGGCCUGGAGGAGGCGCCGCGCGGCUGGGGAGACAGUGGAAGGCCGCGCCUGGCAGGUUUGUGAAACAGAUGUGAAUUUCAUCCAGAGAAUUCAGCUGGAAAACCAAGACUGGCAGACUCUUUUUCUUCAGACAAUAGGCAGGAGCCAGGCAGAGACCAGGGAUUCUUGGAACAUCUAUCUUCCCUUUGGAGGACACUAAAUUCUAUGUGAAGACAAAGGCAGUUCAAUAUGGCAGCAGGACUGAAGGGACACGAAGGAGUUGUUACAGGGAUUUGGUGACAGUUCUUCAAACAACAGUGUCUUAAAGAAAGGUGGAUCAAGAAGCUCCUGAACUUUUGUGUUGCAUUAAGUGAGAAAUCAGCAUGGCUCAGGCAAGUCUCCUGGCUUGUGAAGGCCUAGCAGGUGUGAGUUUGGUUCCCACUGCAGCCAGCAAGAAGAUGAUGCUGAGCCAGAUUGCCAGCAAGCAGGCCGAGAAUGGAGAGCGGGCGGGUAGCCCUGAUGUGCUGAGGUGCUCGAGUCAGGGCCACCGAAAAGAGAGUGAUAAGUCCCGGAGCCGCAAAGACGAUGACAGCUUGACUGAGGCCUCUCAUUCAAAAAAGACUGUUAAAAAGGUGGUGGUAGUGGAGCAAAAUGGUUCUUUUCAAGUAAAGAUUCCCAAAAAUUUUGUUUGUGAACACUGCUUUGGAGCCUUUAGGAGCAGUUACCACCUCAAGAGGCACAUCCUUAUUCAUACUGGUGAGAAGCCCUUCGAGUGUGAUAUAUGUGAUAUGCGCUUCAUCCAGAAGUACCACCUGGAGCGUCACAAGCGUGUACACAGUGGGGAGAAGCCCUACCAGUGUGAACGGUGUCACCAGUGUUUUUCUCGGACAGAUCGAUUACUCAGACACAAACGGAUGUGCCAAGGGUGCCAGUCCAAGACUUCUGAUGGGCAGUUUUCUCUAUAAGCGCAAGGGGCCCCAGGUGGUGGGAGUGAUCAGCAGAAUCUACCGAAGAGCGCACCCCCUCUGGUCUGAUGGUCCCACCACCACCCCAUCUGUACCUGUUCCCCUCCUGGAGGAGUGGACCCAGGAGACCGGAAGAGUGCAUCAGGGGACAGCAGGCCCCAGAGCAUCAGCUCUGUAAAUAGUCUGAGACUAUGAGUAUCUCGGGGAAGUUCCUACAGCAUUCCCGGGUAGGGAAGCUAGUCCCUGGACCCUUGGCUGAGGUCAUAGGUGGGGACUCAAGGUACAGGACCAAGACUGAAGUGUGGCUCCCGCGACCUUGGACCCCAGCUGGCAGCUGAAAUGGAAAAGACUGGGGAGAGGGAUUUGUUUGUUCUGUUCUUGUUUUUGUUUAUCCAAAAGCAAUUUCAGCAGGUGCGCUGUGGAAACAGGUAGUAUGGAGGUAUAGAGUCCUGGUCAAAGCAGGGACUGGCUGCUCCAGCCCUCCCCCGAAAUUGAGUUUUUAGUUGCAGUUGAUCCUCAAUGUUCCAUAGCCCUGGACCUCACCUCCUGUUUGAAGGAGAAUAGGAGCAGGGAUGGCAGCUGAGCUUCCUUUGGCCUCUGUGUACACUGUAGGGACAAAAGAAAGAACAGUGGGAGGAGCAGAGAAGGACUGGAUCCAAAAAGAGUGGACAGGUACCUCUCGUUUCCUUCGGGGAAGAGCGAGAGUUGCAGCCACGGUGUUGUACCGGCCCACGCCACACGGGUACCUAGGGGGUCAGCUCAAGUGCCUUCUGGAGGAAACUUGGGUGAGAGCGGCCCGUGAAACCCCUUUCCUUUCUCUCUCUGGGCAGUUGGUCUUGGGGAUAGUUUUUGGCUACCUCGCUGAUGUGGACUCCUAAGCCAGACAGAGGUGUUGAGCAGGGAGUCGUGGCCGUCAGAGUGGGUUCUGUCCUUGUGUCCCCUUAGGAACCACCCAGGCUGGUCCCAAGCUGGGUAACAGCUGUUGACGCAGCAAAGGAAGUUGGUGUCCCCUGACGUGGCUGUUGAGUCGUGUGAGCUGUUCUCCUGCCCAAGUCCCGUCACUGUAUCUGGGUAGAGCAGAUAGGGGUCUGGCCUUUGGUCCCAAAGAGCAAGAUCUUGGCUUUCUUCUUGAUGGCCAUCCCUACCUGACAAAGAACUGCGGGGGGUGGGGGCGCUGCAGAGAAAAAACUAAGGAAGAGACCUAACAUAGGUGUGAUUCUUAAGUCUGUUCUCUGCUCCUCUCUGCUCCCAGCGCCACCACCCAAUAUCCACCACCCCCCGAAAGUGAUCAGGGGUGUGUGUGUGUGUGUGUGUGUAGUAUGUGAGUGUUGAUGUUUGUAUGCUUGGAGGUGGCAUAUUAUUGAGCCAAACCCUUCUCCAGCCCUCAACUCAGGGGAGGAUGAGCAUGAAACAGCCUCUCCUCAGCCCCCUCAGCCUGAAGGGUGCUUGAGGUCCCAGCAGGAGCUGAAGAGCUCAAUUCAGGGGACUGGAGGGCUUUGUUUUGGAGGUGUUGUGUUGUGUUUUGUUUUGUUUUUUAAUUCAACAGACUGCUGGUUAGGAUGUUUCUGACCCAAACCAGGGCUUGUGAAUAUGAACUUUCUAAAGUGAAAUAAAAACCCUCUUUCCUCCUGCUUAGGAAAGGAUCCUGUGGGAGGUUCUGGGGUUUGGUGGACCCCCCCAGGUUGUGACCUGCCCUGACCUACUGGGCUGGGGGGUAGUUAUGGAGUAAUCAUGGAAACUCGGUGAACCUGACCAAGCUGUCAGUGGAGAUCUGAGCUAGCAUUCUCCAGGAGGUGUGGUAUCAUUUCCCAGAAAGUGGAGGGAAUGGCAGCAGCAAGCUCCCAGCUGUUGCCUGUUCUGGAGGAAAUAACAGGUUCAGGGGUGGUCUCCAUACCUCUGAGGUGCGAGGAUUUUGGGGGGAAGAAAGAAAGGAGGCCUGGCACCUUAGCCGUCUUCCCUGACAGCAUCCGAGAUCCUGUUGGGGAGACGCUGGGGGAUGUCUUUGCCACCUGUGCUCCUCUAAUUUUAUGCUGGCACUCCAGAAACUAGACCACAAGUCCUUGAACCUGCCCGUGGUCCCUGCAAGUGGGGCGUCUUUCUGCAUGUGAGCCAGCCCCUUCCCUGUUAGAGGGUUCUACUGGGGGCUGGGAUUGGUCUAGGAUACCUUUAGAAAAACGGUCCUUUCACGAGUGCUUUGGAAAAUGGGAAGCUUCCCUCCCUGCCACCUGUGGCUAACCUGUCUAGAGUUGAGAUGGGUUGGGGGGAUGCGUGGAGAAUCACGUGAGUGCUCUGUGCCCCUGCGUGUGCGAAUAUGUGCUUAGGUCAAAAUGUGCCCUGGCCCCCUACAGGCCUCUGCUUCCUGCCUGGGUGGACAGGAGAGAGAGAACUUCAAAGCAUAUGUGCAGAGAGCCAUACCAGAACCACCUCUGCCAAGGACUGGGUGCGGGGAAACUCGGGAGCAGGUGGUUAGCUCAGUUGUCCAGGUGCUGGUGUUCUGGGGUCAUGACUAUGCGAGGAGAGAGGAGCAGAGAGGCAAAAGGAGUGACUUAGUGCCCAGGGGGCUUAGGAGUCCCACUUAACACCCCAGGGAAAUCGCAGACUGAGACCGCUGCAAAGGCUCCUGGGUCCAAUGUCCCACCCCUCCUCUGCUGGGGCAGGGGUGGGGGGUUCUAGCACUGGAAAGAAGCCUCAGGUGUGUCCGGAGUGGAGGGAAAGGGAAACAGGGCCGGCUCUCGGAGAUGGGAUGUGGGAUUCAGGGACCUGGGAAAAAGUAGCGCCAGUUCCUGGGUGGGCUGCUGUACCAGGCUCCACCAGCCCUGCCCUUCCCAGCACCCCCAGUCUUUUCCGUCCGCCCCCCCAACAGCCUCUUGUUGUCACUUAGCUACUGAUUGUGCCCCAUGGCUUGAUUUGGGAGGGUUAAAUGAGGUGUGGUGUGGAGUCCCCCACAACUUUUAACCCUCUCCCCAGAUGUUCUUUGCCUCUGUGUGGCCCUGGGGCUUUUAUCUUAACAAUCCCUCCUACCCUUCUCUUUUUUUUUAAUAUACUUAUUUUGCUAUUGGGGGAGGGGAAUAUUAAAUGAACAAGAUCACUUUUAAAUGGUAGUUUUUAUAAGAUGUUAUAAACUUGUAUCUUUUUACCAUUAAAGUGCAGUGUAUGUUCCUUCGUGAUAUAUUUAGGAUAUUUAAAUAAAAAGAAAAUGGGGCUUUUGUA